CAACAACAACAAUAAUACUAAACCUAUUAAGUAAAAUUAUCUAAAAAGUGAAUAUGUACGUUAUUUUACAGUAAAAUAAAUCAGAUAAUUAUUAAAAACAAUAGAAUUUUGCUUUGCCACCUCGCAAAUUUGUGUAAGUACAUACAUACGUAUGCAUGUAUUUUAUGCAAACCUUCUUUCCCUUGUGUUUUUGUUUGUUUUACGACAAUAAAAUUUAAUUUGUGGGAAAAUAUAAACAAUUGCAUUUAGAGAAAAGCUUCAACUUCCAAAGGUUUUGGGAACUAAAGUCUUAAAACUUUGUACAUAUGUCAUUUGCUAGAACUUAUUUAGUAUAAUUUGUUAGUCGAAAUGACACAGUCAGGGCGAAAUAUAAGCUUUAAGAUUUUACAACUAAUUGUGUGUAUAGGAGCAAUAAUAUUUAAAAAAAUUACGGACAAUAAGGCGCAUAUGAUUUCGAAAAUAAAUCAAAAAACUUCAAACGAAUGGAAUCUUUUGCAAAAUGUUACAUGGUCAGCAGAGGGUAAUGACUUUAGUAUAUUUGCUUAUGCUGGCUACACCUUUAUAAUUGCGGUUUGUCUAUUGGACCGAAUGAUCAAUUUUAAGAAAGCAUCAACUACAACGGAUACAUUGUUCUUGCGUUUCGGUGUAAUUAUAUUUUUCAUACAAGGCAUAAUGGUAUUCUAUUCGGUAGAAUAUGUGCCAGAAGAUAUUAGAAUCAAUGCAUACAUAUUAGGCAGCCUUUCAUUUUUAGUUGGAAUUUUAUUUUUCCUUGAAGAUUGUCUUACGAUCAAGGGAUAUGAAACAUCAAAUAAAAUAAUACAAACAGAAAAAUUGAAACCAAUUUCAUCGAUCCCCUUAAAAUUGACAGAGGAUAAUAUACUCCAUACUUAUGUAUAAAUUUUAUUAUUAUGUAAUUAAUUUAAUUAAUUAAUUCUAAAUGUAUAUACAAUAAAUUGUGAAAUAUGUAUAUAAAGUGUUCAUGGUUUAUUCAAUAAAAAGACAGUUUUUCUAGUAAGAAUGAAAU